AUGUUAUCCCCCUUAAUUCAGUCUACACUGCUAAUAACACUAGGUCUUGGUACACUUGUAACAUUCUCAAGUACAAGCUGAAUUCUAGCUUGAAUCGGGUUAGAAAUUAACACAAUUGCCAUUAUCCCACUGAUAGCUAAAACACACCAUCCACGUUCAAUUGAAGCAACAACAAAAUACUUCAUUGCUCAAAGUGCAGGCUCUGCCACACUUCUUAUUACCGCCUGUUUAACUGCUUGAUACUCAGGAAACUGAGCAAUCAGCCCAUCAAACGACCCAAUUAUUCUUAAUGCUAUAACUCUUGCCCUAAUACUAAAACUAGGUAUAGCACCAAUACAUUUCUGACUCCCAGAAGUAAUAGUAGGUCUAGAUUUUAUUACCGGCAUAAUUCUAGCAACUUGACAAAAAUUAGCCCCAAUCACCCUUCUUAUUCAAAUUGCACAAGAUCAGAACAACAUAUUCAUCCUUAUCCCAGCCCUACUCUCAGUAUUCGUUGGUGGUUGGGGGGGUUUAAACCAAACUCAAACACGAAAAAUUUUAGCCUACUCAUCAAUUGCACAUAUAGGUUGAAUUACUAGUAUAGCCCCAUUUAACCCAACAAUCACCUGAUUAACAACAUUAAUCUACUGCUUAAUUACAAGUGCAACAUUUAUUAAUCUUCACAUUUUAAAAGCUAAUAAAAUUACAGCACUAACCAUAAAUAAGCAUAACCAAAUCUCUCAAAUACUUCUAUUACUUCUUCUACUUUCUCUAGGGGGCCUUCCUCCACUUACAGGAUUUAUUAAUAAACUUCUAGCAUCAAUUGAGCUUGCCAAUCAGAAUCUUAUUAUUUAUCUUUUUAUAAUAAUGAUAGGCUCAUUACUAAGCUUAUUUUUUUAUACUCGAAUAUGUUAUUUAUCAAUUAUUUUAUCACCUCCAUGCUCAACAACUAAUCUUAUUCUUUGACGUGUAGUCUCAAAUAAACCUAUAACCCUUAUUACAAUACUAUCAACCAACCUGUUUAUUAUAACCCCACAAUUAUUAGCAGUCUUUACCCUGCACUAG